AUGGCCGCUGCCCUGCGUGCCUCUCUGCUCCUGCUGGCCAUGUGGGCUCUCGUGGCAAUGCUGAGCCCGGCGCACACUACAAACGCCGCCAAGUCCCCGCACCGGCUGCUGGGUGGCCUCAUGGAUGCUGACUUCAACGAGGAGGGCGUGCAACGUGCGCUUGAGUUCGCCAUAAGCGAGUACAACAAGGCAAACAACGACAAGUACCACAGCCGGAUGGUGCAGCUGGUGGGGGCCCGCAAGCAGAUCGUGUCUGGAGUGAAGUACUACUUGGACAUGGAGAUUGGACGAACCAUGUGUACCAAGUCCCAGCCCAAUUUAGCCACCUGCCCCUUCCAUGACCAGCCACCCUUGAAAAAGAAAGUCCUCUGCUCCUUCCAGGUAUACACUGUUCCUUGGGAGAACACAAUCUCCAUGGUGAAAUCCAGCUGCCACAAUGUGUAG